AUGGGAGAUUGUGCGAGCAGACCAAAAGAAGAAGAAGUAAACUCGCAUAUAAAAUACAAAGAUAAUAAGAACGACAAAUAUUUUAUACCGCUUGUUGAUAUGCCUUAUCUUAAGGAUAUUAAUAAUAACCCUAUCACAACGGCAGAUGAGCAGGAUCAGAUAACUCAAUACGUAAAACUAUUAGAAAUAGACAUCAAGAAAACAGAAGCUAAGAUAAAAGAACUAAGAUCAGAUCCUCCUAAAAACUCUGGCUCACGUAUUGUGAUCGAAAUACAGAAAGGAAAAGAUAUAAUCCCAGAUAUAUUAUGUUUCCAAGAUGCAAAAGUAUAUGUGAUUGUUGAAAUUCAGCCUCUUAAAACUAAGUUUCAGACGAAAGUCAGCAAAAAAUUUAUCCCAAGUUGGUUUGAAGUGUUUAAAGCAAAUCUUCCUUUAAGUCAAGCUCAAAAAAUUAUAUUUACUGUUAUGCUUGAUGUUAAGCUAGGAUCUCCUAUUGAAUUCGGAAAAGUUGAGAUUGAUUUUAAAGAUUUACAAAACCAAGAUACCUUGGUAGGAUGGUAUGAUAUUAAAAGCAAUCAAAAAAGAGAAGGAAAUCCUUCACUGCUUAUUAGAGCACAAUAUAUUUACGAUGAUUAUGUUUUUCAACAGAAUAAUUUAAAGAGGUGCGAGGAGUUUGUUCCAAAGGCAAGAAAUGCAUUGAAUAUAUGCAGAUAUAAAUUGGAAAAAGUUGAAGAAAUUAUUGGGCCAGAAGGAAGAGGGGAUGUUUAUGAAAAUCAAUAUUAA